AGCCCUGCCCUAAUUUGCCCCUAUGUCCAUUUAGAAAAAAACGCGAACAGAGAGCAACUAUCGCCUCCUUCCUCACGUCUGCAAUUUUCGGUGCCUCCUUACUCCUGGCCGGCGACGCCAUCGAACAUUGCCGCCGGUGUUCCUCAGCCUUCCACAGUAGCGCAGUCCAAUUUCCUGUUCAUCUUCACUGUCAAUGGGUGGAGGUAUGUCUGCACCCAAGCCGGGCCCCAUGAUCGGCCUUCGGAUUGUUGUUGCCGGUGACCAUGGCACCGGUAAGUCCAGCUUGAUUAGCACUGCUAUUCCUGCAAAUGAUCCUCCGGUUUUACCCGAAGUUCCUUCUGUGUUGGCCCCUAUCCGGUUACCUGAUGAUAUGUUCCCUUACUGUGUUCCUAUAACGGUGAUCGAUACGUCUUCAAGUUUGCAGCAUAGAGAUGAACUUGCUGAGGAGCUCAAGACAGCUGAUGCGAUUGUGGUUACGUGUUCGUAUGAUCAACUUGCUACACUUGAUCUUGAUCAUCGAUUGUGCACAUUUUGGCUAAAGUAUCUCCAAGACUUACAGGUAAAAGCUCCUGUCGUCGUGGCAUUUUGUAAGUCAGAUAUAAAACAACCAAUUCAUUUGCCAAAGCUGAUGUUACCCAUUCUCCAACGGUAUCCUCAGCUUGAAAAUUACUUGGAGUGUUCAGCCAAACUGCGUACUCUAACACCCGAUAUUUUUCUAUACGCACAAAAAGCCGUCCUUUUCCCCACUCCACCACUUUACGAUCGUGAAACAAAAACUUUAAAGCCUCGAUGUUUGAGGGCGUUGAUUGGAGUCUUUACUCUUUUUGAUUCUGAUAAAGAUGGGUGUUUAAGUGACAAAGAGUUUAACGACCUCCAGGCCAAAUGUUUUGGGACACCUAUGGAAGAUAUAAAGGUGCAGUGUGUGAAAAGUUGUGUAGAAAAGAUCAUGCCAGAAGGAGCUGUCAUUGAUAAUAAGCUUACAUUAAGAGGCUUUCUCACAAACCAUGCGGAGCUUAUUGAACAUCAUCAUCCAGAAAUUACAUGGACCAUCUUAAAAAAGAAUGAAUAUGACAAUGAAAUCAAGUUCUGCUGUGAUCGAUUGCUCCCUCCUAUUAAAAGAACCCUUGAUCAGAGUGUGGAGCUGACAACUGAAGCUCUGGAACAUCUUAGAAGAGUUUUCUCCUUGUUUGACAUUCGUGGUGACGGGGCCUCUAAUGCACGUGAGCUAGAAGAUCUUUUUUCUACCCAACCAUCUCUGGAUGAAGCUCCAUCUGUAGAGGUAAAUGUAUUGGGAGAGUUAUCAGUCACAGGAUUUUUAUCAAAGUGGGCUCUAAUGGCAUUGCUCAACCCUGUACUUACUGUUGAAAUUCUGAAAGACAUGGGAUAUGCUGGAAAUCCUACUUCUGCAGUCAAAGUCACACAAAGAAGAAGAGUUGACCGGUCAGACAGAAAUGUCUUCCAGUGCUUUGUUUUUGGAGCUAAAGAGGCUGGGAAAUCCUCACUUAUGCAUGCCUUUGUUGGAAGGCCGUUUUCUCAAGAUUAUACUCCAACAAUCGAGGAGCGCUAUGCUGUUAAUAUUGUUGAUUUCCCGGAUGGAAGGAGAAAAACUUUGAUUUUGCGAGAGAUUCCCGAAGAUGCGACCCGAAAGUUGUUGACACAUAAGGAUGCUUUGGCAGCCUGUGACAUAGCAGUAUUUGUUUAUGACAGUGCAAGCGCGACUUCGUCGGCAAAAGCAACAGAGUUGCUUGUUCAAGUAGAAUCCACAGGGUAUGUGGUCCCUUGUCUCAUUGUUGCAGCUAAAUGCGAUCUCGUACCUUUUGCAACCACAAUACAAGAUACAACAAGGGUGAGUAUGGGAAUAGAGGUGCCUAUACCCAUAAGUACAAAGUUUGGAGACUGUAAUCAUAUAUACAGAAAAAUUGUGAGUGCAGCUGAGCAGCCUCAUUUGAGAAUUCCCAAUUCUCGGAAACAGUCUGGAAGCGUUCUCUUCUGGUAGUUUCUGCAGUUGCCCUUGUUGGGCUAGCUUAUGCUGCUACCAGGGAUAAACCAUGUGACCACCCCGGGCCUCAUGAUGAUACACGGCCUACAGUAUUAAUUUGGUUGGAUAUUUGAUGUGUUGCCAUCAUUGUAUUGUAGGUAUAUAUUUGGUUGGAUAAAUGUUAAUACAACUCAUCCUGAGAUCAAUAUCUUUCAUAAAAGGUGUAUUUAUUAUUA